AUGUCUGAAAAUAUUAAAGACGAAAUUGUAAUUACCAAAGAGCAAGCGAAGAUUCUCCAAAAUGAUGAAAAGCGAAAAUUCAAAUUACUUUUCACUUCAAUUAAUGAAAACAUGACUUGUUUUCUAUCUUUAAUACCAUCGAAACCGAAACAAACAAUAGAAGACGAGGAAAACGAAAACAAGGAAAAAGAAAAUGAGGUUCAUAAUUCUAAUGAUUUAGAAUUCCAUAAUAUUCGAGUAAAUGCACAAUUCCUACCAAACCUUAUAACGAUAAACGAAAACGAAUAUUAUUCAUCCAAUCAACGUGUAUUGGUAUGGAAAAAAGAGACGGUUCCUCAAAUAAUCGCAGCUGCAAUCCAACACAUACGCUUACAUUACGUAAUCGAAGAAGCAAUCAUCGAACGAGACACGUUAAAACGAACAAAUUGGCCAUUAUUUAAAUUAACGACAAAUAAUAUCCAAGAAGCAGAAUGGCAAGAGAUAUUUUUAAAUAACACGAAAAAAUAUUUACCUGGAUUUGAAUAUCUUUGGGAAUUUGAGUGGGAACCGAUUCCAGGGCGUCCGGAUUGCGGUCAGAAUGAUUUAAUCAUGACUGAUGGUUACGGAAUAUUUGCGGUGGUCGAAGUCAAAUUAAUUUAUAAUGACGACGCAGUUGACAAUAAACGAAUUAGAAAAGUGACAGAACAAACGAGAAAAUAUAAAGAUUGUUUUAUCAAAGAUAAUGAAAAUAAUUAUAAUGUGCUAGCGGUAAUUGGAGUUUCCUUUACAGAUCAAAAGGAUGGAACUGUUCGUUUUCUAGAAGAAUAUGAUUUAUUGGUUGCGGGUGCAAUCGCAAAUCAAUUGGAAUAUGAAAAUUAUUUAUCUGAUUACAACAACAACAAUUUAAUUCAAAAUUCUGCAGCAUCAACAAUAACUGCAGAAAUUAAAGAAAUUACUCAACUCGAUUUAAUUAUAGCACGACACAAAAAAGAAGUUCAACAAUUAAAUGGAAAGAUACAAAAACAAGCAGAACAAGAAAAGAAACUAAAAGGCGAACAUGCAGAAAUACAAAAAAAAAUACAAAAAUUUCAAAAGAAAGAAGCCGAUAGACUUCAAACGGAAUUAAUCGACAAAAUGAAAGCUCAACAAGAAACCGAUAGACUUCAAGCGGAAUUAAUUGACAAAAUGAAAAAAAUACAAGACCAGACUUCUUUAUUGGAAGAAGCUCAACAAGAAAUCGAGAACAUGAAAGCAAGAGAGAUUGAAUAUGAGAAUGCUUUGACGAUUCAACAAGAUAUCAAUAACAAAUUAAUGGAAUUAAUGGAGAAGGAAAGUGAACUCAAAGUUAAAAUGGCAAUAGAACAGAAAGAAGCAGAGAUUAAACUAAGGUUGGAGUGGGAACGUGAACGACAAAAAGAGCAACGUAAAGAAUAUUAUGAAAGAAUUGAAAAUUUACUACACUACAAAGCAUCUUAUCUGCUAUUCUCAAGCAUCAAUUGCAAACAAUACACUCAGUAUUUACCACUGUCUUCUAGUCUAAAGAUGCAUCAUUUCAAAUUUCUAACUAUUGCCGCUUUUAUGGCGUGUUUCUUUGGUGAGAAACUUGAAGCUAUACCUGUACCUGACAACUCAGCUGCCACUACUGAUGUGACUAUUUAUCAACACUUUUUUUAUGGAGGAAUUUCGAAAGACAUUACACUUUACUCUAAGGUAUGCACAGAUGUACCUCCAAACUUUAAGAAGAUUUUCAGCUCAAUCAAGGUCCAAAAGGGUCAUUGCGUAAAACUUUACAAAGAACUGAAUUGCGAAGGUACACCUGUUUCGGCUUGCGAAGAUACUGCUACUCUGAGUCCUGACUAUAAUGACAAGAUUAUAACAAUGAAAGCGGAUAUAAAUAUCUUGGGUACCAAUCUUUAG